GUUAAUUAUUCCUUUAUUACAUGUUUAAAAAACCUCAGAUUAACCCAGUAUCCAUUAUUUGAUAUUUUAUAACACAUACAAUACAGAUUUUUAUCUUAAGAUGCAACAUGGGCAAAGUUCAUGUGAACAUUUUAGUUUGUUGUGUUGGUUGAUGGGCGGUGACAGGUGACAGCUUGUAUGGUUAUGUUGUUAAACCCACUAAUCCUUUUAAAGUACAAUGUCUGGCAACGUGAACAUUUGUGACGUAACCGACGAGGUCAAACAAGCAUUAAAAGAAUUCAGAUUCCGUAAAGCGAAAGACACCGCCGCCUUAGUCCUAAAAGUGGACCGCGAGAAGCAACACAUCAUAAUCGACGAGAAACUGGAAGACAUCUCCAUAGAAGAACUACAAGAAAGUUUGCCAGGCCACCAACCCCGUUACGUGGUGCUCUCUUACAAACAAGAACAUUCGGACGGUCGCAUUUCGUACCCGCUGUGCUUUAUCUAUUUCACGCCGCGUGACAGCCAUGCCGAGCUGCAAAUGAUGUAUGCGGGGUCCAAAAACGCUCUACAAACUGAAGCCGAAUUGACCAGAUCCUUUGAGAUUAGGGAACUGGAAGAUCUCACUGAAGAGUGGUUGUUGCAGAAGCUGGGUAACAAUUGAUGCUGGAAUUUAAAUCUCAUUAGAAUAAUUUAUGCAUUCCAAGUAUUUAUUUGUCCAAUUUUUUGUAAAUGCUGUUUUUUUGCUUUUCUUUUUCUAAAAUGUAAAUUAUGUUCCUGAAAUAAGUACAAUGUAUGCUUCAAAAAUUGCCAUCCGUAAUUAUUAAGGAUAGUUGUAAGUUUUAAAAAACGAGUAUAGAUGAUAAAGUACCUUGAAUCAGUUGGUUUAUAAAUUGUUAACUGUUGUUGUUAUAUUUUAUAUAUUUAUUCAAUAUAUAUUUUGAGAUAUGUACAUUGUUUAAUGAUAUAAAUACGAAUGAAACUCCAAAGUUCUGCCAAAUGAUUUUGUAAUUUUAUAUAUGUUUGUACUUUUAUAGUAAAACAGAGCACAAUUUUUAAAAAACUUUAUUUACAUAAUUAAAUACAUCAUUAGAACAAGA